UGGAAAAUUGUUGUCGGUGGUUGAAAAAUUAGUUUUUGUGUAAUAUUUGUGCAUUUCAGCUAGAAAAAUCCACUUGGCACAAUGGCGGAUGCAGCAGCUCGUCAGCUACAAUAUGAAUAUAAAGCCAAUUCCAAUCUUGUCCUGCAAGCAGAUGUACGUCUCAUUGAACGUCCGCGUCGCGAUGAGGCCACCGGGGAGGUAGUCUCGCUAGUGGGCAAGUUGGAGGGAACACGCAUGGGCGACCGCUAUCAGCGUACAAAGCCUGAAAAAAUGGAAGAACGCAAAGCGAAACGACAAAAGCGUGAUGAAGCCCAGUAUGAUUUUGAGCGCAUGAAAGGAGCUACGCUAUUGUCGGAGGGUAUAGAUGAAAUGGUAGGCAUUGUGUACCGCCCAAAAACGCAGGAGACUCGACAGACAUAUGAGGUGCUGCUAAGUUUCAUACAAGAAGCUUUAGGUGAUCAGCCGCGUGACAUUCUUUGCGGUGCGGCUGAUGAAAUUUUGGCAGUGCUGAAAAAUGACAAGCUAAAAGAUCGUGAGCGAAAGCGAGAAAUAGAUAGUUUGCUGGGAUCGGUAACCGACGAACGAUUUGCUUUGCUGGUAAAUCUUGGCAAGAAAAUCACUGAUUUUGGCUCGGAUGCCGUAAACGCCUUGAGUAUUGCUGGCAAUGAAGAGCAAAUAGACGAGACUUAUGGCAUCAAUGUGCAGUUUGAGGAGUCAGAAGAAGAAAGUGAUAACGACAUGCAUGGUGAAAUACGCGAUGAAGAUGGCCAAGAGGAAGGCGAGGAAGCGCGCAUAGAUCAUACAUUACACGCAGAAAAUUUACUCACAGAGGAGGCUGGCAAUGUAAAGAAGGAGCGCGGCUUGCAUCCAUUGGAUAUUGACGCAUACUGGCUACAGCGUUGCCUUAGUAAAUACUACAAGGAUGCUAUGGUAUCACAGAGUAAAGCCGCAGAUGUUUUAAAAAUUCUCAAAGAUGCAUCCGACGAACGCGACUGCGAAAACCAGCUUGUACUCCUACUCGGAUAUGACUGCUUCGACUUUAUCAAACAACUAAAAAUCAAUCGCGCAAUGAUUUUAUACUGCACCAUGUUGGCGUCAGCGCAAACGGAUAGCGAGCGUCAACGCAUCAGGGAAAAGAUGCGCAACGAUAGCCACUUAGCAAAGAUUUUGCGUCAGUUGGAUACCGGAAAGUCGGAAGAAGACGACUAUGGCAAUUCUUCGCGUGCCAAUAAACGGGGCAAAGAGGAAAAUGAUGACUCAGGACAAGGUAUGGCCGGUCAAGUGGCUGGAGUGCGGCAAGUGCUCGAGUUGGAGGAGAUAGCUUUUACACAGGGAUCUCACUUCAUGGCAAAUAAAAGGUGCCAACUGCCUGAUGGCUCGUUCCGCAAGCAACGCAAAGGCUAUGAAGAAGUACAUGUGCCCGCCCUCAAACAAGUGCCGUUCGAAGAUAAGGAAGAGCUUCAAUCCAUUGAUAAGCUACCGAAGUAUGUGCAGCCAGUAUUUGAGGGUUUCAAAACUCUCAAUCGUAUCCAGAGUCGUCUGUGGAAAGCCGCACUAGACAGUGAUGAAAAUAUGUUGCUAUGCGCUCCCACCGGUGCUGGCAAAACGAACGUAGCCUUACUAACAAUGAUGCGUGAAAUCGGCAAACACAUCAAUGAAGAUGGUACAAUUAAUGUGGAUGAAUUUAAAAUCAUCUACGUAGCGCCAAUGAAGUCUUUGGUGCAAGAAAUGGUGGGUAACUUUGGCCGUCGCUUGUCUUGUUAUAAUUUGACUGUCUCCGAGUUGACGGGCGAUCAUCAGCUAACACGCGAGCAAAUAGCCGCCACACAGGUUAUAGUUUGCACACCAGAAAAGUGGGAUAUUAUCACACGCAAGGGAGGAGAAAAGACCUUUACAAGCCUGGUGCGAUUGGUCAUCAUCGAUGAAAUCCAUUUGCUGCAUGAUGAACGUGGUCCAGUGCUUGAGGCAUUGGUGGCCCGUACAAUUCGAAAUAUUGAAACCACACAGGAGGAUGUACGCUUGGUAGGCUUGUCCGCUACGUUGCCUAACUAUCAAGAUGUAGCAACAUUCUUGCGCGUCAAACCGGAUAAAGGACUAUACUAUUUCGACAACAGCUUCCGUCCAGUGGCGCUGGAACAACAAUACAUCGGCGUGACUGAAAAGAAGGCUUUGAAGCGCUUCCAAGUCAUGAACGAAAUUGUUUACGAGAAGACAAUGGAGCAUGCUGGUCGCAAUCAGGUUUUGGUGUUUGUGCAUUCGCGCAAGGAGACUGGGAAGACAGCGCGUGCAGUGCGCGACAUGUGUUUAGAGAAGGACACACUUGGUAGUUUUCUGCGCGAGGGAUCAGCUAGUAUGGAAGUGUUGCGAACAGAGGCAGAGCAGGUGAAGAAUACGGAGUUGAAGGAGCUACUGCCCUACGGUUUCGCCAUACAUCAUGCUGGCAUGACACGUGUCGAUCGUACGCUGGUGGAGGAUCUUUUCGCCGAUCGUCAUAUUCAGGUCCUAGUGUCCACUGCAACACUGGCUUGGGGUGUUAACUUGCCCGCGCAUACAGUUAUAAUCAAAGGCACUCAAGUAUACAAUCCGGAGAAGGGUCGUUGGGUAGAGCUUAGCGCUCUCGAUGUGCUACAAAUGUUGGGACGUGCUGGUCGCCCGCAGUACGACACCAAAGGCGAAGGCAUACUCAUCACAAACCACAGCGAACUGCAAUUCUAUCUCUCGCUGCUCAAUCAGCAGCUUCCCAUCGAGUCACAGUUCAUCUCUAAAAUGCCCGACAUGUUGAAUGCCGAAAUCGUGCUCGGCACAGUGCAGAAUUUGAAAGACGCUGUGCAUUGGCUUGGCUAUACUUACCUUUACAUACGCAUGUUGCGCAACCCCACCUUGUAUGGUGUUUCGCACGACGCCAUACGCGACGAUCCACUACUGGAGCAACAUCGCGCCGAUCUUAUACACACUGCCUCGCUACAUCUCGAUCGCAGCGGCCUCGUUAAGUACGAUCGUAAGAGCGGCCAGUUCCAAGUGACCGAGCUGGGACGUAUAGCCUCCCAUUAUUACUGCACACAUGAAACAAUGAUGACUUAUAAUCAACUGUUAAAGCAGACGCUCAGUGAGAUCGAGCUAUUCCGCGUUUUCUCACUCUCUUCGGAGUUCAAGCACAUUGCUGUCCGUGAAGAAGAAAAAUUGGAGUUGCAAAAGCUGAUGGAACGUGUGCCCAUACCCAUCAAGGAGUCGAUGGAGGAGCACAGCGCCAAGGUGAAUGUACUACUGCAAGCGUAUAUCUCGCAAUUGAAGUUGGAAGGAUUUGCACUGAUGUCGGACAUGGUGUUCAUAACUCAAUCUGCGUCACGUUUAAUGCGCGCAAUCUUCGAAAUUGUGCUGUAUCGUGGCUGGGCACAGCUGGCUGACAAGACACUGACGCUCUGCAAGAUGAUCGACCGUCGCAUGUGGCAAUCUAUGACGCCACUGCGCCAAUUCAAAAAGAUGCCCGACGAGAUAGCCAAAAAGUUGGAGAAGAAAAAUUUCCCUUGGGAGCGCUUAUACGAUUUGGAGCCAAAUGAGAUUGGUGAGCUGAUACGUGUGCCGAAGUUGGGCAAGACCAUACACAAGUUUGUGCAUCAAUUCCCCAAGCUGGAGCUUUCGACGCAUAUACAGCCCAUCACCCGCGCCACAUUGCGCGUUGAGCUUACAAUUACGCCCGACUUUCAAUGGGACGAGAAAGUUCACGGUUUAUCUGAGGGAUUCUGGAUACUCAUUGAAGAUGUGGAUUCUGAGGUGAUUUUGCAUCACGAAUUCUUUUUGCUAAAGGAAAAAUAUUCACAAGACGAACAUCAAAUCAAGUUUUUUGUGCCGGUUUUUGAACCGCUGCCACCACAAUAUUUUCUACGCAUCGUGUCUGACCGCUGGAUUGGCUCCGAGACUCAGCUGCCGGUAUCAUUCAGGCAUUUAAUAUUACCGGAGAAAAAUAUGCCACCCACAGAGUUGCUCGAUUUGCAGCCGCUGCCCAUAUCUGCACUGCGCAAGCCGAAAUUCGAGGAGUUCUAUGUUGAACGUUUCCCACAGUUCAAUCCAAUUCAAACGCAGGUCUUCAAUGCAGUCUAUAAUAGCGACGACAAUGUGUUUGUAGGCGCGCCUACAGGUUCCGGCAAAAUGACCAUAGCCGAGUUCGCUAUUAUGCGUCUAUUUUCGCAGCAAGCUGAGGGCCGCUGUGUUUACUUGGUGUCGAAGGAAGCGCUCGCCGAUCUGGUUUUUGCCGAUUGGCACGCCAAGUUCGGCGGCCUAUCACUCAAGGUCGUCAAGCUAACCGGUGAAACUGGCACCGAUUUGAAGCUACUCGCUAAGGGUCAAAUAAUCGUCACUACUGCCGACAAAUGGGAUGUGCUGUCGCGCCGCUGGAAGCAGCGCAAAAACGUGCAAGCAGUCAAUCUCUUCAUAGUCGAUGAGCUGCAGUUGGUAGGCGGUGAAGAUGGUCCAGUUUUAGAAGUAGUUUGCUCGCGCAUGCGUUAUAUCUCCUCGCAAAUCGAGAAACAGAUUCGCAUUGUGGCACUCUCCUCCUCGUUAGCCGACGCGCGUGAUGUCGCACAGUGGCUCGGCUGCAACGCCAAUGCCACAUUCAAUUUCCAUCCGAGUGUGCGUCCCAUUCCGCUGGAGCUGCACAUUCAAGGCUAUAGCAUCACGCAUAAUGCCACUCGCAUAGCUUCCAUGUCUAAACCUGUAUACAAUGCAGUCAUCAAAUACAGUCCCCACAAGCCCGUCAUUGUCUUUGUAUCGUCGCGUAAGCAAGCGCGCCUUACCGCCAUUGACAUACUCACUUAUAGUGCAUCUGAUAUGCAGCCGAAUCGCUUCUUUCACGCUGAAGAAGAGGAUAUCAAGCCCUUCUUGGAUCGCAUGUCUGACAAGACGCUGAAGGAAACACUUUCUCAGGGCGUGGCGUACAUACACGAAGGGCUAACAGCCUCCGAUCACCGUCUGGUGGAGCAACUAUUUGAUUCUGGGGCCGUACAGGUGGCGGUGGUGGCGCGCGAUCUCUGCUGGGGCAUGAGUAUUUCUGCGCAUUUGGUAAUUAUUAUGGACACGCAAUUCUACAACGGCAAGAAUCAUUCCUAUGAGGACUAUCCCAUAACGGAUGUGCUGCAAAUGAUCGGACGCGCUAAUCGUCCAAUUGAAGAUGCGGACGCCAAAUGUGUGCUGAUGUGUCAAUCGUCGAAGAAGGACUUCUUCAAAAAAUUCAUAAAUGAGCCCUUGCCAAUUGAGAGCCACUUGGAUCACCGUUUGCAUGAUCACUUCAAUGUUGAGGUGGUCACGAAAACAAUCGAAAACAAGCAGGAUGCUGUUGAUUAUCUGACCUGGACAUUCUUAUACAGGCGUCUGACGCAAAAUCCGAACUAUUACAACUUGCAAGGAGUUACGCACCGCCAUCUCUCUGAUCACUUGUCAGAGUUGGUCGAAAAUACUCUCUCCGAUUUGGAGCAAUCUAAGUGCAUCAGCAUUGAGGAUGAUAUGGAUACUUUGCCGCUUAAUCUGGGAAUGAUUGCUGCAUAUUAUUACAUUAAUUACACAACAAUUGAACUUUUCAGCUUGUCGUUGAAUAGCAAAACCAAAGUGCGCGGCUUACUGGAGAUCAUCUCUUCUGCGGCGGAGUAUGAGGACAUUGUUGUGCGCCAUCAUGAGGAAAAUAUACUGCGCACACUAUCGCAACGUCUCCCAAACAAAUUGACGGGACCUAACGAUUCAGCACCAAAAUUCAACGAUCCCCACAUCAAGACAAACCUGUUGCUACAAGCCCACUUAUCGCGUCUACAACUGGGCCCCGAAUUGCAAGGCGACACAGAGUUGAUUUUGGGCAAGGCUAUUCGCCUCAUUCAGGCCUGUGUCGAUGUGCUUAGCUCUAAUGGUUGGCUCUCGCCGGCUGUAGCCGCUAUGGAGCUGGCACAAAUGGUAACACAAGCCAUGUGGAGUAAAGAUUCGUAUUUGAAACAGCUGCCGCACUUCUCAGCCGAUAUCAUUAAGCGUUGCACUGAAAAGAAAAUCGAAACUGUUUUCGACAUCAUGGAGUUGGAGGAUGAUGAUCGCUCUCGGCUGCUGCAGUUGACCGACGCACAAAUGGCUGAUGUGGCGCGCUUCUGUAAUCGUUAUCCGAACAUAGAAAUGAACUUUGAAGUGCUGGAUAAGGAUCGCAUAAAUUCCGGUUCGACGGUGAACGUUGUUGUGCAGCUAGAGCGUGAAGAUGAAGUUACAGGCCCGGUCAUAGCGCCAUUCUUCCCACAGAAACGCGAGGAAGGUUGGUGGGUGGUGAUUGGUGAUCCAAAAACGAAUUCCUUGCUAUCGAUUAAGCGUCUGACACUACAGCAGAAAGCGAAAAUAAAAUUGGAUUUCGUUGCGCCUAGCCCUGGCCGUCAUGAGUACACUUUGUACUAUAUGAGUGAUUCAUAUUUGGGCUGCGAUCAGGAGUAUAAGUUCUCCAUUGAAGUAGGCGAUUUCCAGUCGGAAAGUGAAAGCGAGUCGGAUUAAAUUUGCUUGAUCAUAAGAAAUACAUUAUCUAAUAUAUGGAAUUCUCUUAUCGUUAGUCGUAGUUUUUUGUGUAUUUAGUAUACAUUUGCAUAUUUGAAGCAUACGCGACUUGGCAAGUGGCCGCAAAAAAAUAAAAAAGAAAAUAAACAACAAAAAAA